UCCGACAGAUCAGGGCAAAAGGUUGGAGGGAAUGAGGCUGAAGAGAUGAGCGUUGUGCGCGACAGCUCUGGUGGGGAGCCGACUUCUUCGGAGAAGAAGUGCAAGCGACAGAAGACGGUGCGAGAAGAGGUGGCGGAACAAACCCGACGCAUGAAGAGGAUGAAAGGACACUCGGAGCCGAUGAUUGGCGGGAAUGAAGGUGGCGUCGGAGAAUGUGCCUCGGGAAAGAGGAUGCCAGGGAUGAGUGGCAGACAAGAACAAGGAGUCAAAAAGAGGCAGUCGAAGCAAGAGGCUGAAGAAGGCGAUGGCCAGAAGAAACCUCGGAGGAGGAAGACUGGUGAGGGGACGAGUGGUGGUGAAAGGGCGGUCGGUAGGCAGUACGACGAAGCGGCAGUGUUUUGGCUCGAAUACUACCGGAACGAUGACGGUGAGAUCGUGGAGAAGGAGCUUCCCAUUCAACUGCUCAUCGACCCAAGGAAGGUCUGCGACAUCCCGCCGUCGGAAAGAUAUUACAAUCACCGCAGUCUCACUCGCGAUGGUGUCGAGGACAUCAAGGGUGAGAUGCUAAGGCAGUUCCACGAGGAAAAAGGAAAAAUCUGUACGAAAAACCCUUUGGUUCUGACACCCAUCUACAAGCCAGUGACGCAUAAGCCGGAGAGAGCUGAGAGGGUUCACAAGGAUGUCUUCAAGCCAGAGGACAAGGACAAGUACUUUUAUUACCCUGUGAACGGACAACACACCGUGGCUGCUGUGAAGGAGUUGGCCGGCGAGCCAAUAUUCGAAUUGUGGAAGAUGCACUCGUGGCCAGCCAGAGUCGUGUGGUUCUCCGACGAAGACUUUGGGGGGUAUUUGCAGGUCAGUUUCACGGAGAACACAAGACACAAGAUGUAUAAGCAGCGUGCGUACAAAGCCGCUUUCGAGGACACGCAGGAGGCAUGGGAGAAUCAAGGAAGGCCGGUGGCCAUUCAAGGGAACCCUUCCGUGAGGCAAUGGAUGCCGCUUGUGACGGCUGGUGAUGAGGUUUUCCGCAAAGGCAUGAAGUUCUACGACAAAUGGGCCGAGGGAAAGUUGUUGGGCGGAGAUGGGAAGACGCUUUUGUCGAAGCCGGGCAAAUACAUGCCAGACAAAUCUCCAGGUCUUCAAGCGAUUCCGAAAAUGGGCGCGAAAGGGGCGGCUGGUGAAAUGAAGAUGGGGUGGUUGUCUCUCGCUGACAUGAUCGAUGCCGAAAAACCGUCGAUCCUCGACAACAUUCUUGCGCUGAGGGGAGUGUUCGUGCAAUUGGCGGGCGGGCAUCUAAGACGUCAGCAUAAGCCAGGAAUUAAAGACAUGGUGGCGACGAGGAAAGUGGACCGCAUGAUGCUCCGCAUGUUUCACUACAUCUUGUUCCUCGAAUCCGAGGAGGACGCGGAGGUUUGGAGGUAUGGGAGCCAGUUUUUUCGGACCGAGGAGCAACUUCUGGCGGAGUUCGCACCUCGGGGCCUCACGAAACAGUGUGGGUUGAACUGCGGAAGCAUUUCUACGGCGCGGUGGAGUACGUGAACACUUGCAAACGUUGUCUCCAUACGAGAAAGAGUCCCUCGACGAAACAAAGAAAAUGGACAAUG